UUUAUUUCACAACAAGAAGUUUUUGUUUACUUCUUACACAAGAAUUACAAGUCGCAUAAAUAAGUGAAUUAAGCAUGAACGAGGCAUUAUUGGACCUUGCAAAUUGUUGCAGAUGCUGCUUGAGAGGAUUUAAUACUGAUGAAGUUGCAGUUGCCAUUGAUGAGACGCUUAGGAAUAGCUUUUUUGAGAUUACUGGCAUGGAAUUAACUAAUGAUUCUGAAGUCUAUUCAGAUAUUGUCUGUGAUUAUUGUAGCAACAAGAUAAAUGAUUUUGUUGCCUUUAAAAACGAAUUAAUCGAGUCACAAAACACUUUACUGGAUGUUAGAGAUGGAUAUAUGGAAGUACUAGUCGAUGUUAAUGAUGAAAGUAAGCCUGAAGUUGUGGAAAUAGUUGAUAAUUAUGAAUUGGAAAAGAUUGAAUGUAUAAUUGAGACUUCAGAUGACGAAAUUAUAAAAAGUGAAGCAGUAUCGUUCUAUGAAAAUGAGAUCCAGCAACCGAAGAAUCAUCAAGGAAAAGAUUGUUAUAUUUGUGGAAUGUCAUUUUCUGGCAUGAGUGGAUAUUAUAACCAUAUGAGAAGAGUUCAUUUCAUUGGAAAACAGUACUAUUGCGAUAUUUGUGGAAAGAAUAGUAAUAUAAAGAAUGACUUAUUAAUGCAUAUGAGGAAGCACUUAAGUAAGGCCAGUCGAGAAAAGUUUUCAUGUUCUUUUUGUGAUACUGCUGUUUUAUCAAAGACAGCACUUACAAAUCAUCUUAAGACGUUUCACUCGGACGUCAUUGAAAUACAUCCAUGUGACUACUCAAAUUGUGAUAAGCACUUUACGACUAGGACAAAAUUAUUACAGCAUAGGAAGAGUGUCCAUGACACUGGAAAAUUUCCUUGUGAUUAUUGUGAAAAGCACUUUACGACCAAACAGUAUCUCCAAAAGCAUAUUAAGCAGUGCCACACAGCAAAAAUUUUAGAGAGUUGUGAGAUUUGUGGAAAACAAUUUCCAAAAGGCAUUCAAAUUAAGAGGCAUAUGCAGAUCCACGAUGAAAAGCAGCACUGCUACUAUGAAAAUUGCGAUAAAGUCUUUCAAUUUAAAACCUCUCUUUUAAAUCACAUUAAAUUCCAUCACACAAAAAACGAUGCUACAGUUCCAUGCAGUCAAUGUCAAUUGAAUUUUCCGACCAUUAAGCACCUUAAUCGGCAUGUUAGUCGACAACAUAAUGAUAUAAGAGUACAAUGCGAAGUCGAUGGAUGUCAACAAUUGUUUGGACGAAAGGAUUACUUUGUUAAGCAUUAUAAAGUACAGCAUCGAGAGCUUGAUGAGGAGACAAGAAACAGUUAUAUUGAUAAAGUAAAGCACAUUAAAGUCAUUCCUUGGUAA